GAGACGGAGCUUAGUUAGACGUGAUGGUAAUCACAUACACCAGAUCAAAAGAGCCUGCAAAUCGCGAGCUUCUGGUUUCAGCGAAUUUACAUAUUUAGGGUUCUUCUCAUUUGAAAUUCGGACUGCUACAAUGUCAGAUUUCGAAGGCGGCAGCAAGAAUUCUCGUGGAUCAGAACGAGAGCUCGUGGAGAGAUCGAGAGCGAGACCGAGGUCAAGAUAGAGAAAAAGAUGGUGGCCGGUAUACACGGGAGUAUAAGGAUAGAAGUGGAAGAUUUGACAGAGGGAGGAACUCGUACAAUGGCUAUCGCCGCAGUCGAAACGAAGAUUUUGACAGGCAUCGUGAUUAUGAUCAAGAUAGAGAAAGGAGGCAUAGACAUAGAUCACGUUCUCGUUCUCCCUCAAGUGACAGAUCUCCUUCCCGUUCUCGUUCAAAGAGCAAGCGUACAAGUGGCUUUGACAUGGCACCACCUGCUGGGUCAGUGCUGCCUAAUGCUCCCGUUUCAGAAGGCGACGUUGAGUUGGCAUGACUACGUCAAUUGAUGUUCAAGGGAGAACCAAUGGAACGAUUAGCUGGACAUUCUUCUCCUUCGACUGAUACAGUUGCCAUUUGGUAGACUUACAGAUAUUUCCCCACCAUCCCCAUUGAUGGAAUUUGUUUCUUACUUUACUAUUUCAUGGUAUAUCUUAGGACAACUGUCAGGUAUUCCGCAAAUGAUGCCAGGAGUAGUACAAAAUUCAUUACCUUUUGGGGCAUCGCAUAUGGCUCUUCCUUUGAUGCCAGCCCAAGCCAUGACUCAGCAGGAUAUAUAUCUUUCUCUUUUGCAGGCUACAAGGCAUGCACGUCGGGUAUAUGUUGGUGGGCUUCCUCCCUUGGCUAAUGAGCAGACAAUUGCCACAUUCUUUAGCCAAGUCAUGGCUGCCAUUGGAGGAAAUUCUGUUGGUCCAGUAUCUGAACUUGCAGGUGAUGCGGUAGUAAAUGUCUAUAUUAAUCAUGAGAAGAAGUUUGCAUUUGUGGAGAUGAGAACGGUUGAAGAAGCAAGUAAUGCAAUGGCAUUAGAUGGAAUUAUAUUUGAGGGGGUUGCUGUGAGGGUACGAAGGCCAACAGACUACAAUCCUACUUUAGCUGCAGCGCUUGGUCCUAGCCAACCAAGUCCUCACCUUAACUUAGCUGCCGUUGGUCUCACACAAGGUGCUGUUGGUGGAGCUGAGGGACCUGACCGUAUCUUUGUGGGUGGGCUACCUUACUACUUCACUGAAGCUCAGAUUAGAGAGUUGCUACAGUCCUUUGGACCUCUCCGUGGUUUUGACCUCGUAAAGGAUAAAGACACAGGAAACUCUAAAGGAUAUGGAUUCUGUGUUUAUCAGGAUCCAACUGUGACAGACAUUGCUUGCGGUGCUCUCAACGGCUUAAAAAUGGGUGAUAAAACUUUAACUGUCCGGCGUGCUACUGCCAGCAACGGGCAGUCUAAAACAGAGCAAGAAAAUAUCUUGGUACAGGCACAACAGCAUAUAGCCAUGCAGAAAAUGGCCUUGCAGGUUGGUGACUUCAAUCUUCUAGGAGCUGGAAUGGCAACAAUGGCUAGUGGUGAAACUCCCACAAAAGUCCUAUGCUUGACUGAGGCGAUUACUGCUGAUCAACUAGGUGAUGAUGAAGAGUAUGUCGAAAUACUAGAAGACAUGAGGGAUGAAUGCAGCAAAUUUGGAACUCUGGUGAAUGUUGUUAUUCCUCGUGCGGAUCAAAACGGAGAACAGAUUCCAGGCGUUGGAAAGGUAUUCUUGGAAUAUACUGACACUGGGGGUUGCGCCAACGCAAAGAAUGUACUCGGUGGGAGAAAAUUCGGAGGUAACAUAGUGCAUGCCGUUUACUAUCCAGAAGAGAAAUACUACAACAGGGACUACAGUGCGUAAGAGUACCAAGCCCCCGGCCUGGGUUUUUAUCUUUUUCUUGUGAUGUAAAUUAGCUGUACGUUUCAAAGCGAACUUUCUGAUGUGGGUAGUGGUUGCUCAAGGAACCGAAAAUCGACGAGUGCCUUCUCUAGAUGUUUUGAUGUUUGGCCUGGCUUUUCGGGCAAUUUAGGUUGGUUUGUAUCAAUAUGAUAGUGUACAAACUAAAGAUUAAUGGUGGUCUUGUGAUUUGCCGAGCAACUCUUUAUUUAUUUUCGAUGUUUGUACAAAAGCAUCAAAAACUGAUUUCUCAUGUUGAUUUCCCUCACCAUAAUAAACUCCACUUUGGCUCCCCCU